GUUCAUAAAAAAAAAUAAAAUCGAUUCCAAAUCUGGGUCACCCUCCUCAAAUUCACUCUUCAAUUUUCAUUUCAAUUUCAAUUUUCAAACUACGAGCCUCUUUCUCCCUCUGAAAAUUUCCCCAAUUUCAACGUUUUCUUCCCUAAUCCACAGUGUUGAUUACAACUACUACCAUCUAGGGUUUUCUACUUUUCUACUCCCGCUUCUGAAUUACCCUCCUUCGCGCUUUUGCUACUCUUCUGUUUUCACUCGAUCUUCGAUUUCCACUGUUCUGGUAAGCUUGCUUCUCCGGUGAGGGUUCCUUUGAUCACGCUGGUUGAGGUUCUCGGUGCAAUUUCCAUUGGAGUUGCGCUUGCUGUUGGAGAAAUUGGGAUUAGGGUUUCUGAAAGGGGAUUCAAAGUUCCGGUUUUUAUUUUUUGGGGGUGUUCUGUUUGGGUAUGAGGAUUGAAAUUUAGGGAUAGAAAGUUUGUGACUUGAAAGAGAUAUGUUUUACUCUCAGUUUAUUUUGGCCAAGAAAGGGCCACUUGGGACCAUUUGGAUUGCUGCUCAUUUGGAGAGAAAGCUCCGCAAGAAUCAGGUGGCUGAUACUGACAUUGGUGUCUCUGUUGAUUCCAUUCUUUUUCCUGAUGUACCAAUCGCACUCCGAUUAUCCAGUCAUCUUCUGCUUGGUGUGGUAAGGAUAUACUCUAGAAAGGUGAAUUACCUUUUCGAUGACUGCAGUGAAGCCUUGCUUAAGGUAAAGCAAGCUUUCCGCUCCACUGCUGUUGAUUUGCCACCAGAAGAGUCCACUGCACCGUACCAUUCCAUCACCUUACCUGAGACUUUUGAUCUUGAUGAUUUUGAACUGCCAGAUAAUGACAUUUCUCAAGGUAACUAUGUUGAUCACCAUGUCAGUUCCAGAGAACAGAUUACACUGCAAGACAACAUGGAGGGUGUGGUUUACACGGCUUCGCAGUUUGGAUUGGAUGAACGCUUUGGAGAUGGCGAUGCUUCUCAAAUUGGUUUUGACCUUGAUGAGGUUUUGUUAGGAGACAAAGCUGCUGCUAUGGACCAUGAUGGCUUAAGUGCUAAUCCUGACGCGUCUCACAAAAAUGAUGAUAACAAUGAGGAGUUGAGAGGAACUUCAGAUAGAAUGCAAGUGGAAGAUAGUGGAAGCAAGAAUGAUUUGAUUGAUGGUCAACCCUCUCUUGCUGAAGUAAGUGAAUAUGCUCAAGGCCCGUCUACCCCUGGACUACAAGAGCCAAACUUGUUUGGCACUCAGGUGGAUCAGGUCAAUGAUGAAGCUGAUUGUAACAAUUCAGCAGAUUUAGUGACAAUGAAGAUAGAACAAAAAGAAUCCUCUGCUCAUCAAAUGGAGAAUGAUGUAGUUGAUUGCUCCACGCAAAAUAAUGGGGAGCAUGUCGGUGUAGAUUUACAUCAUGGGGAUAGUGACUGCAUAAUGGUUGAAGUGGAUAGCAAAAGAGAGGACAAGGAGCAUAUGGCAAGUAAAGUUGUGACGAAAGAUCAAGAAAAUUUUAUACCAGAUGAUCAUUGCUCAACAUUGGCACCCUUGUUGGACUCCUCCAAUAAAGAUCCCCCAACCACCAUCUCACCAGAAUCUGCAGGUGGGAUGAUUGAUUCUUCUAAUAUGCCUGAGAAGGUGGAAGACUUACAUGACAGAGUUUUGAUGAAUGAUGAACCAACUGUGGUUCCUUCGGAACAUCAUGUUAAUGUAGUUCCUGAAGGUGUUAGUGUAAAUGAAGCUGUUGCAUCUUCUAGUUAUUCUCAUGCUACAUCUGAUCAAGAGAACCUCUCUUUUCAAAUGUUGGCUAACGUGGAUGGAUCUAUGGGGCUAGAAUCAGGUUGUCAUUUGGAGGAUGAUAACACUUUAUCAAAGCACGAAGUUCUGAAUGACACUGAAAUUUCUAAGGGUGAGGGGCAACCCGAUCCGAUUGAAGAGGCUCAAGUAUCCAAUAUCAUAAGUCCUCUUGGAUCACCUGGUAGACCUGAAGUUGUUGAUUUGGAAGCACAGGCCUCUCAGGAACCGAAGGAAAUAGAGACUUCAAACCAUGUAUCUCUUGAAGCUCAGGAGCCCACUGAGUCAUACCUCCGCCCAUGUACCUACCAUCAGAGUCAGCCUUCUCUGUCUCCUAUCGAAGGUGAAAAGCGUCAUGAAACUGAUGUUUCAGCUCCUGCUUUAGGUAGUCAUGAGACUUUAGAGCCAUCUGUACAUAAAGAAAAGCCAGAUCUGGGGGAAUCAGGAAAAUCUGCUGCCUCUGACAUGCCAGAGCCUGAAAAAAUGCUCUCCUUGGCUUAUCAACAUGAUGGAGAAGCAAAUAAUUUGGUGCUGGAGUCUACCCCUGUAAAUCAGAGUAUAUCUGAAGGCCAUACAGAUGCUGCAGGGGUAACAUGUAUUUCUGGAAAAAAACGCAGCUUCACAGAAAGUACUCUUACAAUGCAGAGUGUAGAUUUGGUUGAAUCAUAUGGUGGGGCUCAGUCCAAGAGGACUGCAGAGUCCAUUCCUGAUGACGAUGAUCUGUUGUCUUCCAUAUUAGCUGGUAAAAGAUCCUCAGUUUUGAAAAUUAAACCCAGUCCAGCAGCCCCUGAAAUAGCAUCAACAAAGCGCUUUCGUUCUGGAUCACGCUCUAGUGCCAUAAAGAGGAAGGUUCUUAUGGAUGAUGUCAUGGUCUUGCAUGGCGAUACAAUACGCCAACAGUUGACCAGUACUGAAGACAUACGUCGCGUACGAAAAAAAGCUCCUUGCACCAGGCAUGAGAUUUUAAUGAUUCAAAGACAGUUUUUGGAGGAUGAAAUCUUUCAUGAACCAAUAUUAACAGAUUUGUCUUCUGAUUUGACUGUUCUGCGAAGUGACACAUUUGAUCUGACUAGAAUCAAGGUUAGUGAUUCUGGUUUAGAUAGUUCUUCCUUAGAAAAAACAAAUGAUCAAGAGUCCUAUUCUAGAACAAAUACUGAGAGUCAUGGUGUAGAACUGGAAGGGAAUGAUGAGCCUAUGGCAGUCCAACACCAAGAAAAUACAGCAGCCCAACCUACUGAGAUACCUAUUCUAUCUGAGAGCCAUCAGUCCGAAGUUAACACAGUGUAUCAUGAUAUUAAUGCUCUUGAACAUCCUAAUACUAUUUCUGGCCUUGAUAGUUCUCAAAAUGCUGAAAUGAACAAUGCUGGACGAAAUGUUGAGGUUUCUGAAGCAGAGAAUUGCUCUGUUGCCCCUGGGAUUGAACCUUCUGCCCUAACAGAACUAUUUGAAAAUGACCUUUGUGUGCCUAAUGAUUUUGUUGCAACGCUGCCCCUCAUAGAUGAAACAAAUGAUCGUGGUGAUUCUAUUCAUACAACUCCAUUGAGUGAGCCUACUGCCCAGAAUAUGAAUGCAUUUCCUUUUCCAGAGGAUGAGUUUGUGGAGGAUUACUGGGAUAGAAGUGAAGUAGGUGCUGUUAAAAUUGCAGAGCCAAACAUGGAAAUUAGAACACAAGUUCUAACGGAUGGUGUGGAAGCUGAUGAUUUAUGUCCAUCCUCGGCUCCUGGCUCUGUUGAAAUUGCAGGUCAAGCCAUGGAAAUUAGAACACAAGUUCUUACUGAUGGUGUGGAAGCUAAUGAUUUAUGUCCAUCCCCGGCCCCUGGUUCUAAGGAAACUGAUGAACAUGCUGAUAAUCAGGCUUUAUUUAAUGGAGACAUACUCAUGGAGGAAAGUGGAAAAUGCAUGGUAGGAGGUGUAAAUGAGGAUCAAAUUGUUUCUUCUGGCUUGGGAUGUGAUGACAAGGGUGCGAAGUCUGACUAUAUAUUUAGUGAAACUACUAAAGUAGACUGUUUACAUUCUGUAGCACUUGAUUUGGAUGAAAAUAGGAGUUCUCUGAAUGAUGAAGAAGACCCGGUCUGUCAAGAAGUUGCACUACAAAGUACAAUGUGUCCUGAAGCCUCAGCUGUUCAAAGUCCUUUUGUGGACCAGAAAGAUGACGAUGACAUGGUUGCUAAUGACACAGGUUUUUUGAAUGUUGGUGAUGAUGAGAUAAUUGAAGAUGACGAAGAAGAUGAUUUUAUGCCAGCCGCUGAAGGAACUCACCUUGAAAAUAGUGGAUGGUCUUCCCGGACCAGGGCUGUUGCCAAGUAUCUGCAGACCUCGUUUGAUAAGGAAGAUCGACAGGGUAGGAAGAACCUGAAACUUGACAAUAUAUUGGCUGGUAAAACAAGGAAGGAAGCAUCAAGGAUGUUUUUUGAAACACUGGUUCUCAAGACAAGGGAUUAUGUUCAUGUAGAACAGGCAGAGCCAUAUGACAAUAUUGACUUAAAACCUAGACCGAAGCUUAUGAAGGCAGAUUUCUGAAACCUUAUUAGGAAUGGGAGAUAUUGCUGUGUAAAGAUCCUUGCAGGGGUUCAAAUCGGUAGGUUGGGAUAAUCUUUCUUGCAUCACUCCCCCUAUUUUAGUCAUGGCUGUUGACUUAUAAUUUUUUGGAGGGGUACCGAGGUAGGAUUUAGCUUCUUAGUCUUUCUUGAAUGGCUUGGGUGGGUGGUUGAAAUGGCCCAUAUCAACAUCCUAUUGAUUAUUCUGGUCUUUAUGUAUAUAUUUUUGUAAUAUAUCUCCAUUUCUAACUUACAGUUUUACACCCCCUCCCAGCACAAUGAUGUUCUGUUUUAUCUAGCGCCGUGUAAUUUACAGCUGUCGGUGGACAAGUAUCAUUUCUGUACCUAUUUUAUUUGUAUAGUAGUAUCUAACUGUGUUUAGUUUACCGUUUAAAA